CAGAGGGUGAUUGGCUCGGGCUCUGUACUCUGGGACAUUUAAUGCUGAAAGAAGAUGCGGCUAAGACAAUAGCCUGCAAGGAGAGAGGUGAAGAAAGAAAUGUAGUCCAGUUGUCCUCAGUGCAGAAGAUUAACUACAGACCAAAACAGGGCCAGCUGGGCAGGUGCUCGCUGUCAGGCUCUGAAGAGCAAUUUAGCCAAAGGCUGUGUGGGCACCAGGACUGCAGUGGAAUGAAAUAGGAGGAAAGGAGUCAUUUUAUGGCCAAGUUAGAGAACUAGAAAUUUUAGGCAUCAACCUAGAGAAUCUCAGGGAUCCAGGAGCAAUGAAGUUGGAGGAAAAGCUUGAGCACAAUGAGAGCCUUGUUGGAAAAAGUCGACCGUGUCUCAAUGACACGCAUCAGGCAAACGGGAAACAUAUAGCUAAUGGGAAUCUGAGAGCAAAUGGGAACGUGGAAGUCUAUGAAAAGCAGGAGGCAAAUGGCAAGGGUGACAGGCUCAGGAAAUGUCUCAACCUGUACACCUGGCAGGAGAUCCAGAAACACAAUCAGGAAACCGACCAGUGGCUGGUGAUUGAUCGCAAGGUUUACAAUGUGACUGACUGGGCAGGCAAGCAUCCAGGUGGGCAUCGGGUUCUCAACCACUAUGCUGGGGAAGAUGCAACGGAUGCCUUCAGGGCUAUGCAUCUGGAUCCAAGCAUUGUGCAGCUAUAUCUUAAACCACUUCUCAUUGGAGAACUUUCUCCAGAAGAACCCAGCCAGGAGAAAAACAAAAAUCCGCAGUUGGUGGAAGAUUUCCGUGAAUUGCGCAAGACGUUAGAGGACAUGAAUAUGUUCAGUGCCAACCUGUGGUUCUUCUUUCUCCACCUUGCCCAGAUCUUGAUUUUGGAAGUCUUAGCAUGGCUAAUACUACGUCAUUUUAGCAGUGGCUGGAUUGUUACAAUACUUAUUUCCUUUCUUCUUACAGUUUCUCAGGCUCAAAGUUCAUUUUUACAACAUGACAUAGGACACCUUUCCAUGUUCAAGAAGUCCAAGUGGAACCAUCUGAUGCAUAAAUUUGUAAUGUGUCAUCUCAAGGGCCUGUCAGCUGAUUGGUGGAAUUAUCGACACUUCCAGCAUCAUGUAAAACCAAAUAUCUACCCCAAGGAUCCAGACAUUGAUGUAGGCCCACUUUUUCUGCUUGGAGAUACUCAGCCUAUCAAGUAUGGCAAGAAGAAAAUAAAAUACAUUGACUAUGAGAAGCAGCACCUGUACUUCUACAUGGUUGCACUCCCCCUCCUCAUGCCUGUCUACUUUAAUUUGCAAUCCAUGCAAGUGAUGUAUCUUCGAAAGUACUGGACGGACAUUGUGUGGGUCAGCAGCUUUUACAUUCGCUAUUUCAUCACAUUUGGCCCUUUCUAUGGAAUUUUUGGAACAGUGUUGCUCAUAUAUUUGGUCAAGUUUAUUGAGAGCCCCUGGAUUGCAUAUGUUACCCAGAUGAGCCACAUACCGAUGAAAAUGAGCAGGGAAGAGAACCUGGACUGGCUCAGCACUCAGAUUGUGGCCACCUGUAAUAUUGAACAGUCAUUUUUCAAUGACUGGUUCACUGGACAUUUGAAUUUCCAAAUUGAACACCACCUCUUUCCCACAAUGCCACGCCAUAAUUACCACAAAGUGGCACCUCUGGUGAAGUCACUGUGCACCAAGCAUGGAUUGCAGUAUAUAAAUAAGCCCAUAUUGAAGGCAUUUGGAGACAUUGUCAGGUCCUUGAAGAAGUCUGCUGCCCUCUGGAUGGAUGCUUACUAUGAAUGAUACAGAGCCUUGCAUUUAUUAAUAUCUCUGAAGAAGGUGGUGGCUGUGCAUGUGCUUUUCUCUGAUUAACUGAGAAUUAACUGGCAAAAGUGGCAUACAUGAGUGUCCCAGGAAUGUGAGUCCCAAGGACACAUAUUAACCUUUCCCUGAAGGUCUUCUCUGUAACUGAGAGGAAGAAGAAACAGAAAAGUGACUUCUGUCAGAAUCACAAAGGGAAGACACUAGCUCACUGUUUUCACAUUUUCAUUAGGGUCUUGGACUUAGUUCCAAUAGACCUUGGUGAAAUUGUUUCUGUGAGGGGUAUAAUAUGAUAUGGACAGAAGUGGAAGUGAGAAAAGUAAAGACCUCUGACUGAGCUCGUUGGAAGUCAGUGUAGUUGUUCUUAAAAGAGCAUUGUUUAUUUAAGACAUUCCUGUUGAAGUACAAAUUUUUGCUUAUUUCCUUUCAAAUAGGUGAACUUCAAAAAUAAUUAUAAUCAACAUUAAAAUAUCUUCAAAUGCUUGUCUUCACUUUGCACUUGCAGAAUUGCAAAUAAAACGUGUAUUGUUAGUGUACAUAUGCAAGUGUUUCUGUAUGGAGAAAUUAGAAUUUCUACAGUCAGCCAAAAGAAUUCCCCUGAGUCCAACUCAAAUAGCAACUGAUAAAGAUCUGCUUAACAGUGUUUCUAUUUAACUGAAGAAUAGUGUCCCUUGAGUAUAGAAUUAAGUUUCCUACUCCUUAUGUAGCAGAGCAAAAGUUCGCAGUUUUUCUUACUGAAUUCUACUUGAAUGAAGGAAAGAGCUCCAUUUUCUAUAAUGAGAACAAUAGGCUAUAGCAAGUCUUUUUUUUUUUUUCAUUUUUUAGUAGCAAGUUAAGCUGGUCUUAGCCAUUUUCUCUCUCAUGAGUAAAUUUCACAAUGGAUCUCUAUUUCCAUUCUUUUUUGUUCAGUCUUGGUUCUACAACAUAUUUUAAAGAAUGUAUCUUCAUUUCACAGAUUCUCUAAUUCAUUGGUAAUUGUUUGUAGUGAUCUCUUAGAAUAUUCUGACUGUGGGUUAUUUAAAAACAUAUACUGAUGGAUGAACACUUUCAGUACCACACUAAUUUCUUUUUUUUUAAAGCUAUUCCAUGAAGGCAUAAUAAAACAUGACCUUAUUUUCAAGAA